AUGAUAAAUGACUUUGAAACUCUAAAAAAAUAAAAAGCAGUGUCUGAGCAGAAUAGCAGAGCGAUUAGCUUGACAGUUAAUGAGUAUGUUAUCCUUCCACCACAACAAGCGGCGAGUUUUCCCUGUUCUGUUGCCAGCCUGAGGCGUUUCCUCAGCUCUUUAAUGCCCUGGUGGAGUCCUAUUACUAGGUUACCACCAUAGCAACUCAUUGUUUGGAGCGGGCACACUCUUAGCAAACUGUCUCAUCAAACUCUCAUACCCUGA